CUCACCUGGUUUCCCCUCUCCUUUGAGACAUCAUACUAAUACCUAGUCUUCACCUUCUGGGACAAUAUCCACUAAGAUGGGGAAUGUAUGAUAUUCAUAUCGGAAUAUUAUAAAAUUUCAAGCAAAUAUACAUUAAUGAUUACCAAUCAUUUCUCACUUUCAAGGUCCAAGGAUAAGAAGGAGAGAUGGAGGUACCAAAUCAUGAAGCGAGAGUAGUCAGGCAAGAUCCUCAAGGUGAAGAAUCUUGCAUCAGUGGGGCCACAUCACCCAAAAUACCACCUCUGGCCUGGUCACAGCCCUGCAGUACAAACAAUUUACUGGAAACUGAAAAAGGUGGUGAGCACCUGCCUGUUCAGGAGAAAGUUCCGAGCACGUCAUCUUCAAGUGUGCCUGUGCUCAGUGACAGCUCCUCCAUCAGCAGGACUGGUAGCCCGGGGCCUCUCAACAAGAAUGACAGCGGCAGCAGCAGCAACAACACGCUGGUCAUACACGGCUCUUCGAGUCCUGACUCACCCUGGUCCCAGAAAUGGACAGGUUCCAUGGUGCACUCCAGAAAUGCAAGUGCAGCCCUCAUGGACCCGCAGAGAACGGCACCAACCUCUUCGUCUUCCAGCUCAUUAGCGAGGCCAGCCAACGCCACAAGCCAAUCAGCCAACACCACGAGCCAAUCAGCCAAUGCCACGAACAGAUCUCCUGAGCUGCUCAGAGGCGUAGCACAUCCAUUAGACCAUUCAAUAGUAAAUUUUUCAAAGUCUUCUUACUCGGCUUCCACGUUGCCUUAUCUAAAUUCUAACUCUUCUUACCCAUCGAUUAACUCUUCCUCAUUGCUUCCUGAGAAUUCCAUGCAUUUACCUCCCAGCUCUUACUAUAACCCAUUAACAUCAUUCUCGACUUCCAUUAGUGCCAACCAGUCACUAGACUGCGCAGUUCCUCUCAACCAUUCACUCUCCUCUGACCUGGCCACUAGAAACAAAGUCUACGGUUACCUCGCCCAGUCCAACAACUCCCCUAGCAUCACAUAUUCAGACUUGGACCAAUCGGAGGUGCUCAAACAUCUCCUCAACUCCGACAUUGAUGGUCGUCACGUCGACAGACGCCGGCACGACGAUGCUGCCAUCAGUUCGCUGUGUCGAGCCAAGCUCGCGAGUAACUCCUCCAGCAGCGGCAGCGUCCAUGAGAACGUCACCCCCACCAGCGGGUAUUCCAGUGCCUCAACAUCGACGCAGUUUAGCCUGAAUCGCUCGAGCAGUCAGCAUCGGGGUGCUGCUGAUGAUUUACUGAGGAUCCCGCCCCCUGCGUAUCCCAGCUACAACCCUGCUCAGGAGGUCCUUCUGGCGAGGGAGGCCCUGCGCGACAUUUCUUUGGGACGCGGGCACGCCUCGCGGGACAGAAGAAACGUCCCGGCACAACGCGACUCGAGACGUGACCUCUCCUUGGGCCCUGACCUGACCCGAAGAUCGCGCGAUAUUCCAUGCCCCGACGACAAGAAACUGCAGCGGGAAAUGAGCGCCCCUCCUUCAGAAGCUGCGUUCUCGCGCUCCCAGCCUGACCUCACCCGCGUCACCGAGACUCGGGAGCUGCAACUGAGCGAGCGUCUAGAGCCCAGCGAGCUGCCUACUGUAGUCGAUUUGUUAUACCACGAGAACACGGCGCUUAGACUUGAGCUCGAAGUGAUGAUACGUAAGGUCAACAAACUGCAAAAGUUUGAGGCAGAGAUAAUAAAAAUGCAGGAGGCUCAUGAGGCACUCGUACAAAGCUGUACAAGACGAGAGCAGCUCGAGAAACUAGCACGCACCAAACUACAGAGCCAAGUGCAGUCGCUAACUCGGGCCAACAUUGACCUUAAAGAGGAACUAGACGCCUUACGUGCGGCCAACUUUAGUGAACAAUCCAGAGUUAGUAACUCGUCCGCCUCUCAUGACCACGAGAAAUCUGUUCCUCAGAACUGUGACAACAGUGAGAUCUUACGUCAGGGGCGUGAGAAAGACGAAUGUUUUCGUCGCGAGCUGAACCGUCAGGACGUGGUCGUGGCGCAGCUGGUGGCCCAGAACAAGGAGCUGCUGGCUGCCAAAGAGCGGCUACACAUGGAGGUGACGGCGCAGAGGAAGACGCUCCAUGAGCAGCGCUCCCACAUCGAGGUGCUCGACUCGGCCCUCAGCAGCGCCAGGCUCAACGUCAUCAAGCUCGAGGAGGAGGUGCGGUUAAAGCAGGACAGCGUGACGGAGCUGCAGCUGCAGGUUGCUGCAGACCGACGGCUGCAGCUCAACGAUGCCCGACUAGAACGACAGCAGCAGCUGCAGCUCUACUUGCAGCGGGAUACAAAUUUUAACGACCCGAGACUUCAGGAAUCUACUGAUCGAACGCGUGCUGAGGCACAGCUACAGUCUAGCAGUGGGCAGCAACGGUUUGCUCAGAAUCAGCUGAGUGAACGGCUCAACGUCACUCCACGUCGUGAUGAAGAGCUUGAUCGCUUCACUGUCCGUCACUCAGCGGACGUGUCGGCCGCUGCCGGCCGUCCCGCGGCGCCGGACCUGCGCAUCCACGAGCUGGACAGCUGCGCGGAGCCCGCCGUGGGGCGGCAGGAGGUGCGGCGUGUCCACGCGUCCAGUCUGGCCGCGGACGAGGCUUGCGGCGCCGACACCGGCGACCAGCGUCGGCCACGAGAAGGCAGCGCUGCAGAGCGCGACGAUCCUGCUGCUGCCAAAAAUGAGGCGCACGCCAGACGCAACUACACUUCGUUCUCCCCUGACAGCAAAACUUCAUAUUUGCCAUCGACUUCUAGGGAUGUACCAACUUCUUAUCCCUUAAAUGCUUCGGGGAAUUAUGAUAUCGCGAGAACGUCGGCAUCCGAAACUAGAGAGAGCGUCAUGAACCUGCAACGAGACCAAAGUCGACUUUCUUUACCUAGAAAUGAACAUUUUCGUUACUCCUGCGAACCUGAAUAUCCUAGUAGCCGAAUAAAAUUGAAGGCUUCUGAACUCAAUGAACGAAGUAGAAGUUCUAUUGACCAAACUACCUACUCUCAGUAUUUAACAAAACAGUUCAAUAAAUUCCGCGAUGCAACUCAAGGAAAGAACGUAAACCCGAAGCGACUUAGCUAUCCUUUGAAACAUGAACAGGUAACGUCUUUAAAAUGUAGCGACGAAUCUCAACUUGAUCAAGAACGUAGAGAAAUUAAUGAAACGACAAAUUUUUACUUCAAAAAUACGUCGAAAACUGAACCGAAAUAUAUCUUGAAUCGUCGUGAGUUGGCGGUGAAUAUCGGCUGUCAUGACUAUGUCAACUUCUGUCCUGGGGACUGUAGCGCAGACCGAAGGUCCGGCCAGUCUCCUGCGAUUCCAGAACUUGAAGUGCCGGAGUACAUGGAACCCCCCAAGUACGACUAUCACCAAGGGAAGAAAAUCGGUGCCGGGUCUGUCGAAAGCUACGAAAUACAGUCGGAACGUCAUCCACUUUAUGCAAAGAAUGAGAAAACUACGGAACCGUAUCCACAUGGAUUUUCUACCAACAUGGCUGGUAGUCCAACAGACAUCAGGAGCCAUCACCAUAGCUUGGUUCUUCAAGACUCAAACCAAAUCCAUUUGACGACACCUCAGCUUAACGUGCCACGAGUGCGUCUAACUCCUCCUUCUCUUCCGCCUGGCGUUUCCGAUGCUCAUCUGUGCGAAGCGCCGUACUUGCAUCGUAUUUCAAAUGAUGCAAAUGGUGCAGCAUUUGAAAAUGUUCCUUUGUCGGUUCCGAAAGGUAGUCCACCUCCAUACCACAGUCAUCAUGAGAUCGUUGACUCAGGCCACAUUAGUAGACAACUAAAUAGUUCAAGUCAUGUUCCUGAAAAUAUACGUACAACCAAUUCGAUUAACCUUAGCAACCAAUCAAGUGCUGAUUACGUGAACGGUAAUUCGGUUCCUAAGUCUUUUUUGACCGUAACACCCACUGAAAUAUGUCAAACAAACCACCCUCCGAACACUAUGUGUAAAACGUGUAACAAUGCCCGGUCAACAUACCGCAAGAACGCUGCUAAUCUUGUUCGCAGGGCCAGCUCUGGAGCCAGCCUCCUCAAACGAAAGUCAGCGAAACUAAGGUCAUCUUUCCACACCGAGGUUGACCUCGAAGAAUCUCAAUCAAUUCUUUCACGUUUGCGCAAAGAAUGGCAAGACAGGAAAGGCGGCAGUAAAUCUCUCGGUAAUAUACCGAAUUCAGAUAACUCCUCUGACAUUCUUUCUGGGGGCAAUUAUUGCCUAUCAUCGAAAGCUUCCACAAAACCAACUGAAUCUCUUCGCUUCGAGCUAUCUGCUUUCUCACGGAGCUUAUCAAAGAAAAAAUGGGUCAUCCAAGAAAACCAAGCCUUUGAUCACAUCCACAACUCUGCCGAAGGCUCCUACGUACUGAGUAAUGAACAUGCCACUGGUGCCUCAAAAAUAGCAACUUCUCCAAGUCGACACUCCGGUCUAGAGUCUGAAUCCAGUAGUAGGAAUGCGAUUGUCUUCAAAGCUGGGGAGGAGGCUAGCCUGGACCACUCAACCCAGUCCACGAAAAACCCCAGCGCUUCUGCCAAGCGCCAACAGAAUAGCACCGAGACCGUUGUUCCGAAAGACGAGUGUUUCUACUAUGAUGUUGACUUGUCAGAUAAUGACUCCACUUACGAUACCCUCAUUAUAAAGAACAUCCCUGAGCUUAACGACAGCAACACGACUGAUGGCUGCGACUGCUCUGAUGCUUGUGCAGUUUUGUCGGAUAAUUCGAAACCAAAAAGUCGAUCGGCGUAUGAACAAAAAAGCAAAGAUGUAAAUCGUUGACAAUUUCUAACCAAAAAGUCGAUCGGCGUUUGAACCAAAAAGCAAAGACGGAAAGCGUUGACAAAAUGACUUUGUCCUGAGCAGAACGUUUCUUUAAAUGUGCGAUCACUGGACCUAGAUAUGAUAUUGUACAUAUAUUUCCAGCUUAGUUAUUUUGUUCGUGACUUUUUCGGUAUCUGUUUUAUCUCAUAGCAUCCGCAUGCCACUUCUAAAUUGUCCGAAUUAUCUACGUAGAACAAAAAUAUGAUUGGCUGUAAAUGUCUCAAUCUCUUGUGUUGUAUUCAUGACCAUAAAUGUGUAGAGUUGA